UUGUACCGAGUUGUGAUGUGCUCAUCUGACUGUUGGCAGAUGCAAUAUGUUUGUUUUAGGAACAUCGUUUCAACUGUUAACUUGGGCUGUAAACUGGAUCUGAAAAAGAUUGCUCUUCAUGCUCGUAAUGCCGAAUACAAUCCCAAACGUUUCGCUGCUGUCAUCAUGAGGAUACGUGAACCUCGGACCACGGCACUCAUAUUCAGUUCCGGGAAAAUGGUGUGCACAGGGGCUAAAAGUGAAGAAGAUUCGCGACUUGCCGCAAGGAAAUACGCUCGAAUUAUUCAGAAACUUGGGUUUCCGGCAAAAUUCCUCGACUUCAAAAUCCAGAAUAUGGUUGGAAGUUGUGAUGUGAAGUUUCCUAUUCGACUGGAAGGUCUUGUUCUUACGCAUGGACAGUUUAGCAGCUAUGAACCAGAACUGUUUCCCGGUUUAAUAUAUCGGAUGGUUAAGCCAAGAAUUGUGUUGUUGAUAUUUGUAUCAGGAAAAGUUGUGCUAACAGGAGCCAAAGUAAGACAAGAAAUUUAUGAAGCUUUUGAUAAUAUAUACCCAAUCUUGAAGAGCUUCAAGAAGCAGUGAGUUCUGCCGUUUUAUUCGUGUUUUGUAUCUUGCUAGAAAACCGUUAUAUAAAAGACAGUUUGUGCUGAAACCACAGAGAUAUUCAUUAUUAUUGGUUAUUUCAAAAUUUGUAAAGAUUGAUUUCUUCUGGAAUGCAUUACAACUGGCUGAUGUUUCCUAUUCACUUUAGUGAGACCACAGGAGAAGAGUUUUCCUACUGACAAUUCAAAUAUAGUAAUAUGCAUAAAAUACGAGGU